CUUAGCUUCACCAGACACAUCGAGACCACUGUCAAGAGGUCUGAGCCACACUGUGCAGGAUGAAGCUCGUCACCAUGGCCCUGGCGUGCAUGCUGCUGGCUGGGAUGUGGCUUCGAGACGUGGACGGCAGGAGCAUGCAUGUGUCAUCCUCCAACUGUUGUUUCGUCUUUGUGGAGAGGAAGAUUCCCCAGAAGAUAAUCCAGUGUUAUAAACCCACCAGCUCCACCUGCUCCCACAAGAGUCUAAUAAUCAAGCUGAGGGGCGGCAGAGAGACAUGUGUCUUGGAGACAGCCUCAUGGGUUAAACCUCAUUUAAAAACUAUGAAACCAUGCCCGCUAAAGUAAAUGUGGGAGGAUUUCUUUCCAUCCUGGACUCCGAAGACGGCGUGGCUUCACCUGUCCCCCCAGCCCCCCACCCCACACCAGUCCUUCUGCCCAGCUUUGCCAGGUCACGGAGGGUCUGCUCAGUCCUGAUAAGCUAUGUUGUUGCACUUUAUAUAUUUAAAUGUUAGAAUCUUCGAUCCCUGCCUCUCUGGGCUUCUUGGAUCCCACAGGGACUUCAGGGUAUAAGCUUGAUUAGCAGUGAGAAGCUGGGGCCAGGGGCAGGUGGAGGGGAGCGGGGAGACAUGUUGAAACUGAUGCCCAAAGAACUGACUUCUUGUCCAAAAGAGCCAAUA